UUAGGCUGUAGACGGGCGGGCGCCUGCCGGUGUCGGGGCUGGGUUUGCGCAUGCGUGGCAGAUCAGUCCAGUGCGCCUGCGCGACAGCAUCGAGCGCUGUGCUGGCCUCGGCGGCGGCAGUCCGCGCCAUGGAGCCGCCGCACGAGCCCGCACCCCUCGCGCCCCCCGCACCCGCCGCGCGGCCCCUCGUCCGCCCAGAUGAGACCGGCGAGGUCGACACCUCCAGGUACCCAGCACCGAAGGAUGCUACGAACAAGGUGCGAGGGCGCAGCGACUUGUUGGAGUUGAUGUGCGGCCCCGGCGCCGUCGACCCUGAACUCCUCACCGUCAAGACAUUCUAUUUCUUCUUCUACUCUGCAUUCGGCUCCCUCUUCCCCUUGAUGGGCGUCUACUUCAAGCAGAUGGGCAUGAACGCCGGCCAAUGCGGCUUGCUCAUCGGGACUCGGCCUUUCGUUGAAUUCCUGUCAGCUCCUUUUUGGGGAGGACUAGCGGAUCGAUGGCAAAAGGGGCGCACACUUCUCCUCGCUUCUCUUGGCGCUUGGAUAAUCUUCACGCUGCCGCUGAGCUGGGUGCAGCCGAGCGCUGUGGCCUGCGUCCACCCUGUCAACAAGACUGACUACCGUCUCGACACCCCUAGCUAUGAUGACGAGUGGACGAAGAACGAGUUUCGUUCCUUCCAUAGGUCGGCCGCGGCAGCUCACGUUGGCUCUCCGUUACCGGUAGAUGAUGCUAUCGACUAUGAUCCGAAUACUAACGGUAAUUGGGUGACUCCUCUACAUUCAUUUAUCGUGUACAGUACGCCAGAUAUCCAGAAGACCUUCUUUUUACUUCUCUUGCUGGUGGUUAUUGGAGAGUUCUUUAGCGCACCUGCGAUUACUCUUGCUGAUUCUGCUGUUAUCACCUUGUUGGGGGAGGACGCAGAUAGAUACGGCCACCAGCGUAUGUUCGGCUCGCUGGGCUGGGGUCUGGCGAUGUUCUUUGUGGGCAUCGCGCUGGACCACAGCACGGCGUUUAGCAAGCACCCCUGCGGCGGCCCGCAGCGCUACGAAAAGAACUAUACCAUCUGCUUCGCCACAUUCUCUGUUCUCAUGGGCGCUGCCCUCAUCACCGCAACACAGGUGAAGUUCAAGUACGAGGAGCUGCCGCCAGAGCCGAUGGUAACCGCCGCCCCGCAGUCUCCCACCCGCGAGGAGAAGCUGCAGCAGCAGCUCGCGGAACAGCUUCAGCUGCCGGGACUCGAUACUAGCGCCCCCGCGCGCCCACAGCCCCCACUCGAACAGGCUAAGGUUUUCGCUCAGACUACACGCGAGAUGCCGGAGUGGGUGACGGUGCUGCGCCAGUUCCAGAACGUGAAGGCCGCUUCCUUCUUACUGGUUGCUUGGUUCAUGGGCUUCGGCAUCGGACUCAUCUUUACAUUCCUCUUCUGGCAUCUGCAGGACAAAGGAGGUUCGCCCACGCUGUUCGGCGUCGCCUCCGUCAUCAACCACAUCUCUGAGAUCUUCGCAUACUUCUUCAGCUUUAAACUGAUCACUCAAAUGGGACACGUUAAGGUGCUGUGCUUGGGUUUGGCGGGCAACGUGCUCCGGUUCCUAUACAUAGCGUGGCUGCCGGACCCAUGGUGGGUGCUGCCUUUCGAGUUCGUGCAAGGCGUGACUCACGCAGCGGUGUGGGCGGCCUGCUGCUCAUAUAUUGCGCACGGCGCACCGCCGCGCCUGCGCUCCUCCGCCCAGGGAGUGCUGCAAGGCCUGCACCACGGCCUCGGCCGCGGCUGCGGCGCCGUGCUUGGCGGCAUCGCGGUCACACGAUGGGGCACUACCAGGACUUUUGCAGGCUACGGGUUGUUGUGCGGAGUGGCGCUGGCGGCAUUCGCUUUCGUGAACUUCCGCGACGGCGGAGAGGCUGCUGGCGGCGCGGGCGGAGGCGGCGCGGCGGAGGAGGAGGCACGCGCGCUGGCGGAGGCUGGCGUGCUGGCGCCGCACGGCGUGCCCUCCAACCCGCUGCCACGCGCACUCUCCUCCACGCGCCUCGCAGACCUCGCCAACCAUGACUCUUAUGGUGCUACACAGAGCUACGCGGGCGCGGAUAGCCUGAGCGUGCCGGGUGCCCCGCCCCCUCGUCCCUCCAACCCCUUCCUGGCGGAGCAGGCUGCCCCCGCUCCUGGCCCCGCAUACAGAUAAGCGCCCCACCUCCCUCCACAUCCCCCCGGGCAACCAACUAACCUCAAACCCAAAUUACAAGCACAAUGUUGCUUUACUCUUAAGUCCAUGUUAACCAAAUAUAUUCCUUUUAAAUAUAUAAAAAAUACAAAACAAAUUAUAUGUAUGUGGUAGUGGAAACACAAUUGUUAUUCUGAGAUGUUAUUGUUGCUUUUGUUGGAUAUUUCAUGUUGAUCCUAUCGUCCUGUAUUUACUAGAUGUUAAAGUUUCGUCGAUGAAUACUUGUGCUGUUGUAAAUACGCUUUACAAACGCUAUUGAAUUCUGCUGACGACAGAUUAGUUUAUGAAAUACGUUGUGUAACACGCACUCAGUGAAAAUAGCCGUAGUUCACGACUAACCUUUCCCCAAAAAUAUUAUUUUCAUUGUAAAUAACCAAACCACGUCCUACAAUGAAAGUAGGAUUUCAUUGUACAUAUUAUUGACACCAAAUAAACUAGACCGGUAGACCGUUGUCAAUUUUAAGGUUAACUAUUUUGUGAAGUUUAAAUUUUUGUAAAAUAGCAGUAAAAUAGAUAACAAAAUAAAUGCCGUGUCACUUUAUUUUUAAACAAUUGAAAUUAUUACAAUUAAAUAUUUGAGUAAUAACUCCAGUUGUGAGAAUCAGUGCUCAUUGUUGAGUUGUCAAAGUUCGUCGGCAGUUUAUUCACUAUCGCUACUUCAAUGUAAUUAUAAAUUAUAUUUUUAUGAUGUAUGUAUGUGAGCUAACAGUAUCAUAUCAUAGUGUGAUGUGUAGAUGUAUUAAGAUGGAGUGAAGCGCCUAUCUGAUGUCUUAAAUAUGGAGAAUUCUAAACGCUCUCGUGACUAUGCUAAGGUUUAUGUCCAACGGUAUGAUAAAACUCUGAUUGUAUUUGUUAUUAGAGAAUUAUUUAAUAAAUGUGUAAAUGUGAAAAAGAACAAAAAAAAGAAAAAACUGCACUAACUAGUAUUGGCUGAAAAUAAACAAAAAAAAAAUUGUGAAUACAUGUAAUGUGUUAAUACUUUAAGAGUUAACGUCACUCAAUUCCUCAGCUCAAUUGAGUGUUGAGUUUACUUUGAGCACGUCACGUUACAAACACGUCACACAAAAUCGGCGCAUUGCUCUAUCUAAUGAUUCUAUAUUUUUGUUGACUAUGUAGUGAAUAUUCUAAAUAAUAGCUAUAUAUGUAUACAUAGGUUUGUUGUGAGAUACGUUCGCGGCGAAGCACAGUUAUAUAUUUUUGCACGGCGUCCGCGCGCCUGAGCGCCGGCUCUCAA